GUGGUAAGGCGCCGUCCCCGGGAGGCGGCAGCAGCAGCGGCGGCGGCGGGGCCUGGCGGAAGCGGCGUCGCGCGAGGCCGGAAGCGACGUAGGCGGCGCGGGGCUUCCGGUGGCGGCGGAGGAGCGAAGAUGUCGAUCGAGAUCGAGUCCUCCGAUGUGAUCCGCCUGAUCAUGCAGUACCUGAAGGAGAACAGCCUGCACCGCGCCCUCGCCACGCUGCAGGAGGAGACCACCGUGUCGCUCAACACCGUGGACAGCAUCGAGAGCUUCGUGGCCGACAUCAACAGCGGGCACUGGGACACGGUGCUGCAGGCCAUACAGUCGCUGAAGCUGCCCGACAAGACCCUCAUCGACCUCUACGAGCAGGUUGUGCUGGAGCUGAUCGAGCUGCGGGAGCUGGGUGCUGCCCGCUCCCUGCUGAGGCAGACGGAUCCCAUGAUCAUGCUGAAGCAGACGCAGCCAGAGCGGUACAUCCACCUGGAAAACCUUCUGGCCAGGUCUUACUUUGAUCCUCGUGAGGCAUACCCUGACGGAAGCAGCAAAGAAAAGCGGAGAGCUGCUAUUGCACAAGCUUUAGCUGGAGAAGUCAGCGUGGUACCUCCAUCCCGUCUUAUGGCAUUGUUGGGGCAGGCGCUGAAGUGGCAACAGCAUCAGGGCCUGCUUCCUCCUGGUAUGACGAUUGACUUGUUCAGAGGCAAAGCAGCUGUGAAAGAUGUAGAAGAAGAGAAGUUCCCCACACAGCUGAGCAGGCAUAUUAAGUUCGGGCAGAAGUCGCAUGUGGAGUGUGCUCGGUUUUCACCAGAUGGUCAGUAUCUGGUCACUGGUUCCGUGGAUGGUUUCAUUGAAGUAUGGAACUUCACUACUGGAAAGAUUAGGAAGGAUCUGAAAUACCAGGCACAAGAUAAUUUUAUGAUGAUGGAUGAUGCAGUGUUGUGCAUGUGCUUCAGCAGAGAUACAGAAAUGCUAGCAACCGGAGCACAAGAUGGAAAGAUCAAGGUGUGGAAAAUCCAGAGUGGUCAGUGCCUGAGAAGGUUUGAACGAGCACACAGUAAAGGUGUCACGUGCCUCAGUUUCUCUAAAGACAGCAGCCAAAUUCUUAGUGCUUCUUUUGAUCAGACAAUCAGGAUUCAUGGUUUAAAAUCUGGCAAAACUUUAAAGGAAUUCCGUGGUCACUCCUCUUUCGUCAAUGAAGCUACUUUUACGCAGGAUGGUCACUAUAUUAUCAGUGCAUCCUCUGAUGGCACAGUGAAGGUUUGGAAUGUGAAGACGACAGAGUGCUCAAACACCUUCAAGUCUCUAGGCAGCACUGCUGGGACAGACAUCACUGUGAACAGUGUCAUUCUGCUGCCUAAAAACCCAGAACACUUUGUGGUUUGCAACAGAUCGAAUACAGUCGUUAUUAUGAACAUGCAGGGUCAAAUUGUAAGAAGUUUUAGCUCUGGUAAGAGAGAAGGUGGUGACUUUGUCUGCUGUGCACUUUCACCUCGUGGUGAAUGGAUCUACUGCGUUGGUGAAGAUUUUGUGCUCUACUGCUUUAGCACAGUGACCGGCAAGCUGGAGAGAACUCUGACAGUUCAUGAAAAAGAUGUCAUUGGCAUUGCUCAUCACCCCCACCAGAACCUGAUUGCCACCUACAGUGAAGAUGGCCUCCUCAAGCUCUGGAAGCCAUAACUUCAUUUGACUUUAAGCUAUGAAGUAUGCCUGUUGGCUGCAGGGUGUUGAUGUUUGCGCUUUUACAAGGUUGAAACGCACAGAGUGCGAUAAUGUGUUCAAUUUUCAGUUCAGUUUUCCAGAAGAUAUCAUUUUUAAUUCUUGGUCUAAAGUUAGCUAGAUUUAUGCUCGUUGUGUAGCAUCACUUAAUUUCAAAUACUUUUAUUUUUACCAGAGUAGCCAAAUCCUAUGGGAGUGGCUGUUGUGUCUCCCGAAGCGUAUACUCUUCUUAUGCUGGUUAUAAAAGCGAAUGAGAUACGAACUAUACAUACAACAGGCUACUGGCUUCCUAUAAUACAGUCAAAUGCUUUUUUUUUUUUUUUUUUGGAGUGAACGAUGUGGGAUAAGAAGGCUGUUUCCUUCACAGCUGGGAUGAAGGCACAGUUUUCCUGGAAUGCAGAUGAAGCUACACUUUCUGCAGUAGGAAGGCAGAAGCUUUUCUAGUCCAGUGUGUUUUGCUGUGUUUGAUUUUUCAUUAUACUUUCUCCAGUUAUUUUUAUUAAGCAUUGUCACACAGCUUCCUCAGAAUGAAACAUUUUUUCUUCCCCAUUUCCCAGGGCUUCCCUCUCUAAAUCUGCCUAGCGUGGCAGUGAGAGGUAGUUUUUUUGUUAAUUAUUAUUAUUUUUUUGUUGUUUGUUUUCAUCUGCUUCCAGGCUAAAAGGAAUAACCUGGGCUCUUUUCCUACUAAUGCAUAAUGUCUUCAAACCAGUUUUAACUGAAACAGGCCUCAGGGGAUCAAUGUUCUAAAACAGGCAAAAGCCUGUUUUGCACACGCCGAGUUCUUAGUGCGGUAAUGUUGCACAUUAAUACCUUGAAUUUCAGCUUACCUUCCUCUCUUCUUAAAAGGGCAUGGCACACUCAGAUGGGUCUAAUUAAUGGUAACAGUGAUGCUUAGGUCCCGCUCUAUGAUAGAAAAGAUUCUAGACUCUUCAGUUUGGAACAGAUGAUGAUUCUGUCUGAGAUCCUGGCUAGGGCAAACCAUUGUGAAUGAUCACCAGAAUCUUCUAAAAUCCUACUAUAGUUUUUUUUCUAGGAUGUAGCUAUAAUGGAAGCUUUGUCUAUAAUGAUGGGACGAACAUGUGCAUGUAGAUUUGAGUCUGCUGCGCUUCUAGUUUUCAUCUCUUGUAGAAUGCUUUCUUUCAAACAGUAAUAACUUUUCUGUGACUCAAUAAAUUAGUUCCAGUUCAAGUAACCUCAGUCUUUUUCAGCUGGCGGGCUUGAUCCUAGCGCGAUUAUUGGUUGUCAGCCAGUGACAAAACCCUUUUGGCACUGACCUGUGUAUUUGGCUGGUCUGUGCUCCUGGUGGUCUAAAGAAAUGCAAACAAUUUUAGCAUAAUUUCUCAUAAGGCAUUGUUUGUUCACUACAACUCUAGAAGCUCAUUCUAUGUUAUCUGCAAUGUUUUAAUUCCUAAAUUGUUUUUUUACUUCCUUAGAUACGGCAAUAAAGUUAUUUUUUAGAUAGCAA